GCUACAGUUUUCUUGAAAGUAGAGCGAAGCCUUCCGUUGCGGCGCGAAACUGUUCAACGGAAGGUCGCCGCCGGCACACCCGGCCGUUUGACUGCUUACACAUCGAGAGGAGCCCACAUACAAUUUACAAGUACUAGGAAUGGCCCGCGUGGUGCCUUUUGACGCGCCACCGGAGACCGAUGACCAGCCAAGCACAAGUGGGAAAGAGUACUUGUGCUACUUCCUACAUCGACUAUUAGACUUUAGGCGACCGGAGUUUGAAAGCGUCGCGGAGCUCGCUGGUUGCACGCAAGACCAGCUGCGAUGGCGGAUGCCAGCGGGCGACUUGGAGCACUCCCCCUUUUGGUAUGUGACGCUGCCAUCUGAGGAGACCGCCAAGAGCAUUGGGCAGCGCGCCCUCUUAACAAAGAUGAUGGUAGAGGUGUGGGGCGAGGGCAGCACGUGGGAGGAGCUGGAGGCGGCGCUGCAGGCGUACCCGGCGGAGGCCAUGGCUCCCUGGGUGGGCCCCGAGCACACGUUCAAGGUGGUGGUUGACGCGUUUGGAUCCAAACUGACGAUGGACGACCAGUUGGAUCUCAUCGAGAAGCUGGAGUUCCUUCCCUUCAAGGGCAAGGUGCGGCUGCGCAAUCCGGAGCUGACCUUUGUGCUGCUGGUGGUAGACUGCGAGUGGAACGACUCGCUGGUGGACGUGGCACUGCCGCGGAGGUACUACUUCGGGAGGCAGGUGGCUGCUGCGGACCGCGGUGUGCUUGAGAGCUACAGCCUCAAGCGGCGGCUGUACCUGGGCCCCACCUCAAUGGACGCCGAAAUCGCCUUCAUCAUGUGCAACCAGGCCAAGGUCAAGCGCGGGCAGCUGAUGCUGGACCCGUACGCGGGCACGGGAUCCAUACUGGUGGCGGCGGCGCACUACGGCGCAAAGGUCAUGGGCACGGACAUUGACAUCAAGGUGCUGCGGGAGGGCAAGCCGGGGCCGGGGGGGCCGGGCAGCGCCACGGAGCGUGUGUGUAUUGGAUCCAACUUCACGCAGUACGGCCUGCCCCAGCCCGUGGGCCUCAUCCGCCUGGACACGCACAAGCACCCGCUGCGACCCGACCUGCAGGAGGUCCUGCAUGCGGUCAUCGGCGACCCGCCCUACGGCGUCCGCGCCGGCGGCAAGAAGAGCGGCGCCAAGCCCGAGAUAGCGGACCGGCGCAACCCCAUCACCGACCCCUCCACGCACAUACCAGCCACGCAGCCCUACACGCUGGGCGAGUGCCUGCGCGACCUGCUGGACCUGUCGGCACGGCUGCUGGUGGUGGGCGGGCGGCUGGUGUACUUCCUGCCCGCCACGCCCGAGACCUACUGCGAGGAGGAGGUGCCCGGCCACCCGGCGCUGAGGCUGGUGGCCAACAGCGAACAAAUCCUGACCAUGCGCUACAGCCGCCGUCUGGUGACUAUGGAGAAGGUCCACCCCUACGACGCGGCCGCUGCCGCCGCCUACCACGCUGCCCGGCCUGACCCUACCAUGGCCAUCGACCGCCUGCACGACAUUGUGUACGAGCAGCUGGAUGAGGCGGCCAAGAAGGAGGCAGCAGAGGCGGCGCCACGGCGGCGGUGCCGUGGUAAGCAGUUCUAGUGGGGUUGGUGUUUUGUGUGUGUGGGGGGGGGGAAAGCAGGGCUGCUGCCGGUGGAAGGCGUGGUGGGGUGUGUAGGGCGGGUGGCCAAGGUGCUGCUUGCGGUUGUGGUGGUGCGGUGGUUGCUGCCAGGAAAGGAGUGCUGGUGCGCCGCUGCCAGCACCAGGCACCCAAGCAGAUAUGCGAAAUUGAUGUUUGGUGGGAGAGCGGGGAGGAGGAAAGGGGAGCUGAGUGAGUGGACAGACCAGGAAGGAUUGGGCCAAGCAGGCCUGUGUGCAUGUGAGCAGCUGAGCGGUGGGCAUACCAUACUACUGGUCACAUAAUGUUGGGUAAGGUACGGUAUGAUGGCACUACUGCCCCUGAUAGAGGGCGGGACACACCGCCAUUCAGCAUUUAGCGAGCGCCUGUACACUUCUGGAAGAGGGCAUAGGGAAAGGGGAAUAGAGCAGGGCAGUGUGUACAGUACUGUGCCUGUUGCUGUCUAAUGUGAUGGAUCAUGAGGGCAGCAAGCAGGUUCCUGUGGACCAAUCGGCGGUUACCGUCUGGAUGAGGUAACAUGUCUGCUGUGACCGCCUCCUGCUAACCGGCCUUCUAUGCGUGCUAGCGACUACAACGUCUCUUCAUGUCGCGAACAUUCAUGUUUGCGUUUCGACAGCACUCCGCUAACAAUGGAUGUGCAAUGGGACAGGUUUAGGCAGGUUGAUGAAGUCCCGUAGGGUGCAGCUGAUUCCCAGCUGCCCAGCAUAUGGCAAACCGUUUGCAACUGCAGUACAGGAGUGCACGGCUGGUCACAUGCCAGAGGUUACUGUAUCAACAAGUUG